UGAAGCAAUGGCGGAUUGUAAUAAUGGUUGCUGUUUCUGCACUAACCAUCCUAUUCUUCGUUCAGUUAGGCAGUUUAAAGUUCUCUAAAGCCUCGACGAGCAAAGGAAAUGGAAACAAAUCCGAACCAAGUUUAUUACUGAAUGAAAACGUUGCUCGUCAUGUCCAGGAACCGUCUGCUGCCUCUUCUCCCAGUAACAAAAACUUUAGUCGCAAGUUACAAAAUAUUUUUCAUAAAAAAAUAGCGAAUAAGAGUCUGGCGAAAACAAAAAAUGUGAUAAGAGAAUCUAAAAAACACACUYAUUACUGUUGGGAAGAAGAAAAAGUUGAAGAUAUUGGCGAAUGUCUGYGUUGCAGCUCCUAUGAAAAGAGAGUUAGUCCUGUCUGUUUAUUAACUGGCAACAAACAACUUGUAUUAUGUAAAGUUAGUAAGAAGAGAGUAUAUAAAAGUUGUCUAUAUGUGAAAUGGAUUGAAGAAAGGAAUUUUUGGACCUUUGAGGGUGUUUCAUUUGUAUUCCUACUCGUAUCAAGCUUGUCAGUCUGGCAAAGAAACAAGAAACUAGAUGCUAUUUAUAGAGAAAGACUUAGGAAGAAAGUAUCCAAUGAUGAUGUGUAAAUUAUUUUUAUAAUUUAUUGAAGCCUAAUACUGUACUUAAUUGUAUAAAUUAUUAAUCAGCACGAAAUAUGUGGAAUGACUUUAAAUUUCACCCMGUAUGGCCUAGUUUUUACAGAAGCUGUACAUGCUUUGGUCAUCAACAACAAUCAUGCUAUUUACAUGUAUACUAUGGUGUUCAGAAAUCAGACUUAUUACGCAAACCAGAGGUUAUCAGUCAGCUAAGCAACUGAUACACCUGUGUAUUUUUACGAGUCAAGGAGUAUUUUGGUUAGCCUUUAGGUGAUCCUAAAUACAAGUGAUGAGUAAAAAUGCACAGCCAUAUCAGAUGCUUAGCCGACUGAUGAGUUGUUCAUCAUUUAAUUCUACGAGGAAAUGCUCAAACUCCCUCUAAACUCGAUUGUAUGCGAUUGCAAGCAGAUGAGAAGUGCAGAUACGGUCUCAUAUCAUGCAUUAUCAACAAAUAAGCAUGAUAGAGUGCAAACAAUCAAUCCGUUAAACACUAAUUACUAAAUAGUACAAAAUAGUGCCAAUUAAACAAUAGAAAACAAUGGAAUAAUUGCAUGAAAUUGUGCUAUUUAGUAUUACUAAAGUUUCACGGUUAUAUUGUUUGCACUCUAACAACGAAUCAGCUUGCUUAAUUCACUGCUGCACAGCUCAUGAACUGGUUAUAUCAAAGUACAAAGACAUGCAUGCAAUUUAUAUUCCUUAAGGGAUUGGUCAUUAUUUGUCGAGGGGGGAGCUGGUGCAUUAUGAAAUAUGCUAUGCUUGAUUUUUGCUGACCCCCCUUCUUUUUAAGCAUGAUGUUUGCUGAUUUUGCUGAUUUUUGCUUAAACYUAUGCAUAAAUAAAUACUGAUCCACACCCUAUUUGCACCAGCCCCCUGCCCCCCCUCCUUCUCGAUAAAUAAUGACCAGUCCCUAAAUUAUAUAUACUGUAUAUUAUACCCUUUGUUUCUUCAAUAGAUUGUUUGUAAUCAAUAUAACUUUUAAUUUCUAGGUUUACUUAUUAAUAUGCCUUGUGUUUUUUUAGGUUGAUAAUUAUUAUGAUGUAAUAUAACAUCGUGAGAUAUUAAUUAUUUAGGUUUUUGUAAGUAUUAUCCAUUAUUUAUUUCAACCAAAAGCAAUAAUACUUUUCUACUUAGCCUAUUUCUUUGGAUAAUAAAAGACCAGUCACCAUAGUAUAACAUUUUCCCAGUGGAAAAAUACACUUUCUGCUCCCAAAGGAAUGUUUACCAGGAAUUUUUGUUAAUUUUUUCAUAGGAGAGUACCAACUUUGAACAAAAUACACAUUGUAAUACUAUUCCUCAUUGAAAAUUUAAAUUAAAGAUACCUGUAUUCCAACUAA